GGCUUCUGUUUCUCUACUGCUUCCCAGCGGACUCUCCAACAAAUUCAAACUCAGGGAACAAUGUCAAUGGCUUCUCCGCAGAUUUUCUCCUCUCCCAAUUUCAAUUGCGCUUCAUUCAGAUCCAGCUUUGCGUCUUCUCGUCCGUUUACUCUUUCUUCCACCUCUUCUUCCGCUUCUCCCUCUCCGAGGCUUCUUCGAUCACUGAAGAACUCUGCCGUCAAAGCUUCUAGAAACCGAGUAGAGAUAGUGUAUGAUCCUGAGGAGAGGCUGAAUAAGCUAGGAGAUGAUGUGGACAAAGAAGCUCCCAUGUCACGGCUCUCUCUGUUCUCGCCCUGCAAGAUCAAUGUAUUCUUGAGGAUAACUGGAAAGAGGGAAGAUGGGUAUCAUGAUUUGGCAUCUCUAUUUCACGUAAUAAGCUUAGGAGACACAAUUAAGUUUUCAUUAUCACCGUCAAAAACCAAAGACCGGCUAUCGACAAAUGUCUCUGGAGUUCCUCUUGAUGAGAGAAAUCUGAUUAUUAAAGCUCUUAACCUUUACAGGAAGAAAACUGGCAGUACAAAAUUCUUCUGGGUUCAUUUAGAUAAGAAGGUGCCUACAGGAGCUGGACUCGGUGGUGGAAGCAGUAAUGCUGCAACUGCACUCUGGGCUGCAAAUCAGUUCAAUGGAGGUGUUGCCUCUGAGAAGGAACUUCAGGAAUGGUCAAGUGAAAUUGGGUCAGAUAUUUCUUUCUUUUUUUCCCAUGGAGCUGCCUAUUGUACUGGGCGAGGUGAGGUUGUUCAAGACCUUCCUCCACCGUUACCCUUGGACCUUCCAAUGGUUCUCAUAAAACCCCCUGAAGCAUGUUCCACAGCUGAUGUCUACAGACGCUUCCGUCUGGAUCAGACCAGCAAGAUUGACCCACUAUUGUUACUGGAAAAUAUCACAAGCAAUGGAAUAUCUCAAGACGUCUGCGUUAAUGAUUUGGAACCACCAGCAUUUGAAGUUCUCCCAUCUCUUAAGCGCUUGAAGCAACGUGUAAUUGCAGCUGGACGUGGGGACUAUGAUGCCGUCUUUAUGUCUGGGAGUGGAAGCACUAUUGUCGGUAUCGGUUCUCCAGAUCCUCCGCAGUUUAUUUAUGAUGACGAUGACUACAAGAACGUCUUCUUAUCCGAAGCGAACUUCAUGACUCGGGAAGCAAAUGAAUGGUACAAAGAACCCCCUUCUGCAACUGCUACCACCCAAUCCUCAGAAUCUGAGCAGAGUUACCAGUGAUUAAAAAAAAGAACAAAAGGAAACAUUACAUUCUAUAAAACAAAUAAUGCACCUUGUAAGCGUUGAAGGUGUUUUGAAUUCUUCUAGUGGCUUCUCUAAAGGUGGGAUAUCUUGGGUUUCAAUUCAA